AUGGGUUUGAAAGUCGUGCAGUUGGGCCUCCGUGCCUGGGAGUUCAUCUGGACUCUCCUCAUCAUGGCCCUGAUCGGUAACAUGAUCGCCGAAUCUUUCUCCGGCAACCCCUCGACAGUGAACUAUUCAAUGUUCUGCUCUGUCUUCUCGAUGCUCACGCUCUUCUACACGAUCCCGGCAUCUUUCAACAUCGACUGGGCCGGCCACCCGAUCAUCAUGAUCGUGCUCGACGCACUCAACACCAUCUUCUUCUUCUGCGCGGCUAUUGCCCUCGCCGCCAAGCUCGAGUGCCACUCGUGCAACAACCAGUCUUACCUCAAGAACAACGAAAUCACCAACGGCGCCAACAACAUGACAAAGCGCUGUCGUGAGGCCCAGGCCUCCGUUGCCUUCUUGUGGUUCGCCUGGGCAGGAUACAUGGCCUCGGUCAUUGUCUCGGUGUUCAUGUCCCGCGCCGCGACGGUGAACCUGCGCAGCCGCACUGGUAGCCGCCGCGGCCCUGCGCCCAGCAUGGCUCAGGUCUAA